AGUACACCAUCGUCUCCUGCCUUCAUGUCCUCCUAUCAUAUGCUCCUCCUCCUCCUUCCUCCCUUCUCUCCGCUCUUCUUCCCAAACCCUCUCUCUUCCUUCCAGCUCUUCAAUUCCUCCCUGCAACCCACAAACUCCAUAAAAUAGUGCUCCAAUCCGCGAGCUCGCCUCUCUCCUGCACCCACCUGACACGCAUAUGCGUCAUACCCGGAAGAAAAAUCAGUUCUUGGCAACCUAGCUACUUGCUAGACUGGUAGCUAGCUACUAGCUAGAGUGUUUCCGUAACACGGCCAGCUUGAUCUCUUGCUAGCUCUCUACCGGCGGCGGCGGUCGCCGGCAUCACUCUACGUCAUCACGGCUGAGCAGUUUUUCAGCGGGAAGAAGAUCAUCUCAGUUCAUCGCUCAGAGAAGCUGAGCGCCUGAGAGAGAGAAAAGGUUUUUUUUUUUUUUUGGGCUGUACAUGUACCAUGGCGUGAGCUGCCAUGGAGAUCAACGGAGACGCUGGCGGAGGCCGCCGGCCUAAUUUCCCCUUACAGCUUCUUGGGAAGAAGGAGGAGCAGCCGUGCUCCACGUCCCCUGCGGCAGGCGGCGUCGGCACGAAUGGGCCGGCGGCGCCGGGAGAGCUGCAGGGGAGGAAGGUGGCGGCGCCGAAGCGGACCUCGACGAAGGACCGGCACACGAAGGUGGACGGGCGCGGGCGGCGCAUCCGGAUGCCGGCGAUCUGCGCCGCUCGGGUGUUCCAGCUGACGCGGGAGCUGGGGCACAAGACCGACGGCGAGACCAUCGAGUGGCUGCUGCAGCAGGCCGAGCCGGCGGUGAUCGCCGCGACCGGGACGGGCACCAUCCCGGCCAACUUCACCUCCCUGAACAUCUCCCUCCGCUCCUCCGGUUCGUCCCUCUCCAUCCCCUCCCACCUCCGUCUGGCCGGUCUGGCUGGCUCUCGCUUCGGCGGCGGCGCACGGGUCGACGCGUGGGACCGCGUCGUCGGCCUGGGGUUCGGCGGGGCCGAGGGCCCGUCCUCUGCCACCUCCUCCUCCUCGUCGCCACUUCUGCUGAGCUUCCACUCCGGAAGCGUCGGUCUUGACGUGUCGCCGUCGGCAUCGACCUCCGCCACCGCCGCCAACACUGAGCUGUCCCGGAAGAGGCGGUGGGAGCAAGAAAUGCAACAGCAGCAGCAGUACCAGCAGCAGAUGGCUGGGUACACGCAGAGCCAAAUUCCAGGCACGGUGUGGAUGGUACCGAGCAGCAACGCGCAGGCCGGUGGCACCGCUCCGCCCGGAGGCGGUGGCGGCGCCGGCGAGCCGAUUUGGACGUUCCCGCAGUCAGGGACCGGCGGUGCGCCGACGGUGUACCGUGGCGUGCCGAGCGGGCUACAUUUCAUGAACUUGCCGGCGGCACCGAUGGCGCUGCUUCCCGGCGGGCAGCAGCUCGGGCUCGGCCAGGUCACCGUCGCCGGAGCGGGUGGGGGUGGUGGCGACGGGCACUCGGGGAUCCUCGCCGCUCUCAAUGCGUACCGCGCACAAGCAGCGCAGCCGGACGGCGCCGGCGGCGCGGGGCAAAACGGAGCGCAAGGCUCUAGACAGCAUCAGGAGCACGGCGGCGGGGGCGACGAGCGCCAUGAGAGCAUGAGCGCCAGCGACUCGUAGGCCUUCCGUGCGGUGUGCCGCAAAUUCUUCUGGUUUUGAUCUGUUCUUCUUCUUUUCUCCGUUUUUGUUUGAGUUAUUAUUGUCUAUGGCUUUCUUCUUCCUCGAUCCAUCAUAUUCAUGCAAGGAUCAUACAGUUGCAUUACAUGGCAUGCAUCUGCAUAAAAAUAA